AUGAGGCGAAAGGAAUACGAAGAGCGCCUUGCGGCCGCAGAGAGCAAACAGGAGCGUCUUCGCAAGGAACGUGAGCAUCAUAUUCAGUCGACGCAGUAAGUUUAGCCGUGGCUUUCCUCCCACGAAAGUUUCAACUCUUUGGAAUAUACUAUCUAGUCUUUCAUCGCUAGUUCGUGUGAGAGUUUAUAAGGUUAUGACGACGAUCAAGUCUGCUUGGCUUUACGGAUAACCGUGUGCGCCCGAAGUCCUCUUUCUGCCUCCAAAGACGUAAUUGUUUAAGGCUUAGAAUCCAGUUGAUAUAAUUACUUUUCUAACCAACCUCAUUUUUGCGUCCCGAAACAUAUCCUCACCAUUAUUUUCGAAGGCGUUGGUCGAAUUUCUCCAACCCUACUUAUGGUAGAUGUGCUAACCUAUGAAAUAAUAAUUGAGAUUCUCAAAUGAGUUUUCGACUCGAAAAGACUACUUGAGCAAGGUUGUAGUACAGCAGUAAGGUUGUACCGCAUAAUCUUAAGAUAUUUCCGUUACUUGGGGAAACCAGCUUUUGAACGAACUUCUUUCCAACCGCCUGCGAAAACUAGACUCUGCAGUAAAUGACUACUUAUUUAGUAUGAGUUUUUCUCAUUGAUUUUCGGUGCCCUUAUGAAUCCACAUAUAUUUUAUAGAAGACAUGCAUACAAAUAUUCAUUCUCUUACACAUUCGGUAGAAAAUUACUUCUUAUUUAGAGUUUAUACUUGACAGAAGAGCACGAUUCGGUUUUAUAAAACUUUCUAAUUAUGAGAUUUUAAGACCAUGAAAUGGCCGUUCAUAAAAGAUCAUGUCUCUGCAUUUACCAAUGUUUCUUGUAAAGUCUACAAUAUUACUGGAAUCCGCUGUUAACUUCUAUGAAAUACAUAUGGUCUCCCCCUAAUAGCAUAUAGAAAUGUAUGACUUUCGCUACACGGAAAGUAUACAGCUUGUAGUUUGGAAACCCUAAAUGCAAGUGUAACGGUAGGUCGGGUUCAAUAUCAUUCGGGAAUUAAAAAAGUUUUUUUUAAACCGAAUUAUACUUUUCCUUCAAGCAUACAAUUUAAAGAAGACGAAAUGUUCUACCAAAAGAUGCAUGCUUUUUAUGAAAUAUACAUGGAUUCAUAAGGACAUCGAAAAUCAAUGAAAAAAACUUAUACUACAUAAGUAGCCAUUUUCUGCAGAGUCUAAUUUUUGCAGGCGGCUGGAAAGGAGUUCGUUCAAAAGCCGGUAUCCCGAAGUAACCGACAUAUUUUAGGAUUGUGUUGUACAGUGAUUAGUAUUGCAACCCUACCUAAGUAAUCUCUUCGAGUCGAAAACACAUUUCCGAAUUUCGGUAGACAUUUAAUGAGUUAGCAUGUUUACUUUAACUAUUUGUCAUCUCACUCCCAUUGUUACUGCUUACGAGCUGUAGUUAAUUGUGGUUGGAACCACGUAUGCGUCAGCAGGAUAGCCUUACUCAAGGAAUUGCGUUGGCGAAUAGUAUAAUGACUAAAAUCGUCAUCUUGCACGAUUAUUUGCGACCAUUCGUCCGCAUCAUAGGGAUUUAGUUGACAGUUUGACGGGGAUCCAUUCUGAUGCAGGUAAAACAUAUUUACUUUUUGACUAAGGUUAUACUGACCCAGAAGCGUUUGUUGGGCACCGCGUCUUGUCGCUGAAUAACUCCAUAACUAACUGAGGAUUAACUCUCAUGUUAACUUGCCUUUUCAGAAGUCAUCGUUUUUUCCUGUAAAAUUGUUCAUUCACAGGACGCUGUCGGCCGUGUCGUUGGAUACAACCUGAAUCGACGGACAAUAUAGUCAUUUUCGUUCGAAGAUAUUGGUGGUUUGUUUUUUGCCGACCCACACUAGAUGAUGGCUGAAUAAUUCCACCCUAGUAGAUCGGGGAUUGCGUGGUAGUCUAAACAUGCCUGUCCAGCUCGUGCACAGAUGGCGGAUAGUGGAACUGUCUUCGUUGCCAACAGCCACCAUGGCCACGUCUGGCGUACAAGAUCCUGUUUCGUUAGGGUCAUUCACCUUCUCAGUAAGCGAUUCCAGAUGCGCUGGCCAGCAGCCAUUCGGCCGACUUUAACUCGGACGCACAUGCGCCCACAAAGUCGCAGCUGCCUAUGUGUCACUUGAACACGCCAGCCCCCCCCCCUCCCCCCUGCAAAUGCAACACAAGCCGCUUGAACAACCCCGCUGGACAGAUCCAACACACGCCGAUUGGACGCCACUUCAGAUUGCUCCACAAACCUACAAAAGCAGCUGCCAUCUCUGUCUUAAUAACUCUCAGGCAUGAUUGGACGCAGUCAACACCAGCACUGGCUUCGUCAGCGGCCACUACCGCCUGGGAAGACAACUCAGAGUUUUGGAUACAAUAGACCCCUAACUCUGUCUUCUUACAAGCCGGUAUUUGGUCUGAUGAUCGUGGCAUUCUGAGUACACACCCACACCGCUUAGACGCUACACCUUCACUAAAGGCUUUCAGUGAAAUUAGUACAUUUUCGCGUCUGACCAAUGGACAUCUCUGAACCAUAUCGCGGUAAUUCUUUCAGGCGGGACUGGAUAGUGAUGCGGCCGGUUCGUUACUUCUAACAGAACAAACCGUGACGAUAUUGCCACUUAACAAAUGUUAUUUGUUGUCAGAAAGGCUUCACCUGCAAUCCGUCAUAAUUCUCUAAUGUCAGCCGGAUGUGCCUGGCGGCUAGAUAGAGACACCGAUCUUUAAAUUCAGCCCCCACAUGAAACCGUCACUCCAACAGACGGCUUCCCGCAAGCAUUGUCUGGAGAGAUAUGGUUGGACUUGGUUUUCACAGAAUCCGACAGCUCGAGUUGGUUUUGCCGAGGGUUAGAGACUACAAGACGAAAAGCUUGCUGUCCAACAACAGCAGCAAAUAAGCGAUAUUGCGAAAUCUUUUUGACUACAAAUUUUGAGGUUGUUUUGGGGAAAUAUAUCUCAAAAACCUUGAUUUCAUCAACCUUAGACUUAAGGAUAUUCAUCUUGGCUGUGGUUUGAACUGUCGAUUAUUUUGGAUGGCAAAAAAUCCUUAUAGAUUUGCACAAGUGACGGGAGUUUACCCUUUUUGCAAUUUUUAGAAUGACACGAGAAAGAAAACAAAAAGAGAUCAGUGCACGCAAACUGCAACUGGACGAAGAAAUCGAACACUAUCAGAAAAACCUCCAGGAGUAUGGAGAUAGGGUACUUUUGUUGUUCGCUCAAAUUGCUAGCCAAUGGUUGAAAAUGUUUUGCCUUCAUGCAUGAUCAAAAUGGCCCAUUUAACAAGACGUCGAGCAGUAUUUAACUUUCCGCACAACUUAUAAACUGAACUGUGAGCUUUAUUAUUUAGACCUCUACACAAAGGCGUUGCAUUGUUACACUGCAAAGUAAUCCCAAGUUAUUUCACUCACGCCAAGAUGCCGCCUUUUGGAAGAGCUUCUGUCCACCCAUCUGAAAAGACUACAUUUGGCUAAAAAUGGCUGCAUAAAUAGUGUGGAUGCUACCCACCGAUUUCAGAUGUGCUUAUAAAGUCAACUAUAUUUUAUAGAAAACAGGCACAGAAAUCUUCUUUCUGCUGCUCAUUUGGUGGCAACUUCGUCUUUUUAAAUUUUAUACCUGAAGACAGGACAUUUUUCAGUUUUAAAAGAGUAUAAUCAUUGGAUUUUUGAGACAGUGUAAUGUCCGCUCAUAAAGUAUUGUGUGUCUGUCCAUCCCUUAAUGUUGUUCAUAAAGUAUGAAUCAUGGUUCCCCUCCAUUGCAAAGUUAUAUGAAACAUGUAUGACCUUGUCAAUAGCUUAGACGUACCUUUCUACUAAAUGAGUGUAAGAAAGAGUAUCUUGGUGCCAGAUUUCUAUAACUUAUUUUUAGAAUCUACAAGCGCAUCGAAAAUGAAUGGAAAGUUUUCAUACUACCCAACCUUUGUCAGCAACCAUCUCUGAUGAUGGAUUAGAGUGAGAAUCCGAAACGUCAAGCCAAUAAACUUCUCGUUCCAGUGAUCGAAUCUUCCUUUUCUAACUGAGUAGUCUUUGCAGACGGCAGGAGAGAACUCAUUCAAAAGCCGGCAUCCUGGCGUGACAUAAAUAGCUUGACAUUACGCUGCACGAGGAUCAAUAUUACACCCCUACCUAAGUAAUCCCUUCUAGUCGAAAAAACGCCUCGAGAUUUCGGCUAACAUUUCAGGAGAUAAGUCUGAUACGCAAUGAUCUUUCGCGCCGUCAUCAGCCGGUCGUUCUCCACACCGCAAGGAUGAAACCAUUUUCGGCCUAUAGGGAGCAAGCAGCUAUCGACGCGACCUGUCUAAUGCUUAACCGUACUUUUGGGUAGUUACAUCUUCGCUGAGAGGGGCUUAUAUACACCCACGUAAUAUAUAAUCAUACCUUUGUUGCCUAUUUUGUUAAGAUAGCUUUGCAUAAUUUAGCAAUCCUGUCUCCCAAUUACUGUGGGACUCACUCGUGUAACCCCUUUUCCAACCUUUCACGUAUUUGAGCUAAUUGUGGAUGCGGCAUGCGUUUCAUCCCUGAAUUUAGUAGUUCGACGUUAUCGUAUGUCGGCCGUCCUGCACGAUAUUAUUCUUAAUAAUUGUAAUCGUACCAGUGGUUUUCAGGUGGCCCAAGUGAGCAGUUAGGCAUCAUAGCAUGCGCCUUGUAAUUUACUCACAGUAACUGUAGACGGCAGUCAGACAGUAUAACACACACCGACGUUUAAGUUUCACUAUAAAGGGAAGAGGAAAUAGGAAGAGUGAGAUUGAUUCUGGGGUCUCAAUUCCCACGGUGCUUUAGCGCAUUCCCCACUACAAUAAAUCUGACGUUCUUUUGAGCAAUCACAAUGCGCUAAAAGUCGUGGCUUGAGAAUUUUGCCAACUGACAAAAUAAUUCGCUCCUACUCUCAGGGAGGAGAAUCCGGCUGUAAUGGCUCCUUCUGGUUUUGGUCUCUAAGGCAUUUCCUCAGAUGGGACUCGAGCCCCCUUUGUUUCUGUAAAACCCUGGUCUAUUGUGCGCAAAUCAAGUCGAGUGUUGCACUCGCAGACCGGCUUCAUAGCCUUGUCAGCCCCCACGCCUGAUCCCACCCCAGGUCUUUCUGGUGCCGUCUUACCACAGGGCCCAUGCGGUGAGGGAGGAGGGAGUGUGGCAAAUGCUGCGCAAGCCACCGUAGUGCGCCCAUGCCGCUGUGGGGCACGCGGUGGUCAUUGUCAUUCGUGACGACCGAAAUGUCGUCAUGCCAAUUUGUUAGAAGAGACAUGGCGUCGACUUUUCUGCCCUAGUUUUUUUCAGUAGACAGUCAGUCUCCAAGAAUAUGUUGUCCACUGUUUCCUCAUCGGUGAAAUUUAGGAGACUGGAAACCGUUCAAUGAUCCACCGUCCCUUUAUGCGCUCUGCCUUUCAUUACUAAGCUGCUGUCAUAGGUGGCAGGAUCGCUGCUCCAGCUGUCUUGGGUUUUAACACUCGUCCUCGAAGUAGUUUCUUUACUCAUUGCGCAACUGAUCCUCACUCAUCUGUUUCCUCAGGUUUCCACGUUAUUUUAAUUUCGGUCCGUCUGUAUUUUUCGUGCAACUAAGGAAUGGUUAAGUUACCCACAUGUGCAGAUGGUGAAGUCCCAGUUCUAAGUGCCUUGAUGACGGUUUUUGGCUUUAUAUUGACUGAUAAGUUUUAUAGGCAGGCUGUUUUUCACACUUGUUAUCCGCACUCUUUGGAAAAUUAAGUAAUGCUACUUUGAAUAAAUGUAUCUUACCUUUCACUUGGAGACUUUGGAAGUAGCCCGUGAGAAAACGCUACAGAAGACUGCAGCUGAACAACAACGACUGGCCUUUGAACGACAACAGCGUGAACUUAAACGCCAGGCCAACUUGGAGGCGUAUGUGUUCUUUGCAAUUCAUACGUUAAUCACCUUUCCUAAAUCAACCUAUAAACAAAUAUAACGGAGGGUCGAAGUCCGCUAUCUCUUGCUCCAUGUGUUUUGAACCAUGACAGUUGAGUUUAACUGACCAUGACAGGAUAGCGUCACCAUAUAGACAUCAGUAUAACGUCCCGCUCUCCCAUAACGGCACUAUCCAAUUAAGUUAACGGUCAUUCCACCGAGCGUGCGCGCGUAAGUUUAGGCAGCCAGUGUGCUUAAAUGGGGAGGGCUGAAGCAACUAAUCUUGCCUAUGUUAACUGAGAAGUUUCUGGGCUCAUUUUGCACGUCUAGAUGAUAGCCAAUCAUUCAGAUAGACAGAAUGUGUUUUCGGUGAGUAAUCCAUCUUAGGAGAGCAUUCGUUUUACAUAUGUACUUCGAUACGUUUCGUUCACCUUUUUGAAUCUACCACACACAUGGUGAAGUCAAGAGCAAAGCCGGUUUCAGAAGUUGUCCACUUUUGUUUGCAGUUGUAUAGUUGUGGCUGCGCAGCCAGCAACCUAAUAAAAACAAGAUGUCGCACGUCAGCAAGGUAGAUAAGAUCGACAUCCAAAUAGUAAUUUCGAGCUUAAUGGGCCUCAUAACGCCUUCUCAAUUGGAUAUGUGGCAACGGUACAGAAAAGGAUUUCGCUUAACUGUUAGUAGACUGUGGAUCGUGCCUGCAUUUGCAGGCUGUUGCAGAAAUUACACUGCCAAUAACAAUUACUUCCCACGGCCUUACACCUUAACUCGGAAUCCGCUAUUUUUUGGAAUUCACUUUUUGUUUAUUGUUUAAUUACUAGCCUCAUUUCUAUUGUCGUACAAUGGCGUAGGAUAGCACUUUCGGCUAGAUCCAAGCAGUUUUUAUGUUUUCUUUCAUUUUGUCGGCCUACUGUCUAGCUUGCUGCCCCACCCGCAAAACCCCCUUUACCAAAAAUCUCGUAUGGCACGACCCGCAGUCUACUGACAGUUAACUGGGGUCCUUCUCUAUACCGUUGCCGGAUAUGUUUCUGUUCCCCUUGGUUCAGACGCUCAUUCUUGUGGUUGCGGAGCACAAAAGGGUCGGCCUCCACGUCCACGGCUGGAAAGAACACUGCUUACCGUGCUAAGCAUAAUCUCCUUUAUCAUGGAUUCGGUCAGGCACCGUAGCGUCUCUAUCGUAACCACGUCACUACUAGUGACUGAGUAGCCAGCCAUUCAGCCGUCAUCGGACACCCACUUUCAGGCCUUUUAAAUCAUGUUGCGUUAUACUUUUCGACCUUCGUCUUCCUGUUGGGCGGAUAUUAACUUUGGCCAUGAGCAGACUCUAGGCAUAUGCUUUUACAAUGAGAUGUUCGAAGAAAUGGAAGAGCACGUAGAUUACGUGUUCAGCAUCCCAGCAUUCAGAAAGCAUACAAGCUCCUAUAGUUGGGGAGCAAUUAAUGGUGCUUGUCGAGGUAUCGGAAAUUGAUACUUGCGGCGAUUAUGCGUCACUGAGCCCAAGUCAUCCGUCUUAGCUUCGCGGCGAUGAGAUGAAAUGAUUGGCGCGUCAGCGACAGCUCUGCCUCCACACGACGUGGCGCUCCACCUGCGACUGCCAGCUGGUUCGCAAGAUGUUGGCAAUAGGGAACACUAAGCGAUUAAUAAGUGCUAACCGCUACGCGGCUGCUUAACUGAACACUAGUCCCGGAACUCCGAAGCAAAACAGAACUCUUACUCUCCACCUUUCAAUCAGCUGACGUCAUUCUUCUGAUUGCCUGUUCCCGAUUGCGACCGCUCCGGCGUGCCCAGUAGCUCAAGUGGUAGGAGCUGCCGACUUGUAUGCCUAACGUCGGGCACACUACCACCUGGACUCCGACAGUCAGAAAUAGUCAUUUGUAUGUCCGAUAGCUUUGAUAGGAAUAUUCGUAAAAAAGGUAGUGGUCGAUAUCUGUCAACCUUUGCAGUACAAAUAUCAUCUGCGUUUGUGUACCCCCGUAGCUGGCUGCAUAGCGCUACUGCUUGUUUUCUGCUAGAUCUGUCUUCCGCAGCCCCGUUGAUCGACAUGCGUCCAUAGGACCCCCUAAGCCGCAAGACAAGCCAUUAACAGGUUGAUAGAUCCUGAGCUGCACUUCGGCUGUGUGAUCGUUACUUCUGCCUGGAAUUUUGACGUGUUGGGCUAAGUCCACCGGCUAAGUCUCUGAGACGUUUGCUUGAGGAAGGGGGGCCAGCCCUAUAUAUGCGGGAUAUCGGUCGAAGCAGAGGUUAAUUACAAUCUAGUAUUCAAAAUCAAUAAGUUAAAAUGUGUGAUUACCCCAAGCACUCAGUAUGUGACUGAGGACACUGCAUACUUUUAUCAUGUAUCUUAUUCCACCCUACGACAAAUCCUGACUUUGGAAGGCGAAACAAAUCACUAAUCCUUCCUCAUUUCUGAGUAACGUUUUAAGUCUCAGUAAAGUUCGAAAAUGAUAACAACAUAAUGCAUGUGUGAGAACAACAAUGAAACCUUUGAUACUUACCAUCAUCACCAGAGCCUCCGGCCUUUAUGCAAAGGUUGCACAAUGUACCACCGCCAGCGACAACUGACCCAUCCUGUGCAGUAUUCGUUUUUGUCAAUUCUCAAUCGCCUACCGGCGUUUCGCUAUAGAUUACGACUAUCAGGCCCGCGUAUUCGAGCGGCGCGUGCUCUUAGUCACGGUAAUCUGUCGCUAAAAAGUUUACUAGAGCCUGCGGGCGAUGCCAGGCUGCAGAAGUCAUCCAAGGAGACAAAGACUUGUUCAGACACAUUACCGUGUUUGGUAACGCUCGCCAGACCCUUCAUUUCUUUGCUGUUUACCCUUUAGCCUUCUCAAGCCGCCUGUCGAUUUCAACAAAGCAGUAUCGUGAUCAGUCAGUCAUAAGUCGGCAAUGUGUGAUACGGAAUUCCUGCCAAUUUGACACUCCUCUAAAUGCUGCAGGCUUAUAUACUCUCCUGUGGAGGGUUCAUAAGGCCUCAUUUAGUACGCCAUGGGUAGUUACUGUGAUAAGCCAGGAUUUUGCCCGUUUUCUGUUUUCCUGUACACCGUCGUCCUCAGUCAUUUUAUCCUUGUGGCGAAUAACGACUUCGAUAACUGGCAGUUGACUGUUGUCCACCUGGACUGUCUAUUGGGUAUCUGAAAUCGAAUUCAAGAUUCCCGUUAUUUGCAGUCAGACCACGUGGCUGACCGCGCCAGGAACGGUUCAGUGUGGAUUUUUGAGCACCGGCACCUUCAGUUUUCCAGGAACCGCCUUAACAAUGACACCAAGGGUCUUCGAAUCACUUGGAAAACAUUUAUUUGGCCCUAAGGCAUUUUCAUCGGACGUUAGAGAUCAAAACUUUUAUUUUCGUCUUUCGUGUUGGUGUUUUAGAACUGCUUAGCUUGAGGUCCAAAUUCCUGUUAGUUAGCAUGAUUUCCAAAUGAGGUGGGUCCUUGAUGGUUGUCCAAAUUCUCUCUCUCUCUUUACAUCUUUCUUCUCUCAAGCCUGGCCACUGCCGAAGAGGCAAGACGACAAAGCGUUCUGGAGGUCUUGCGGCAGAAAGAAGAGCGCGCUCAACGGUCAGCCGAGGAACGUGACAAAAUGCUUCAGAAGGUAGGCCAGCAGAAUAGCGCAUUACCAAGAUGUUCGGUACGACAGAGACGGGAACCUCCCCUAAUAGUACGGGUGGCCUUGCGCUAGACUCCAGGAAUGGCACAGUUAACAACCGAUCUCGGGAAAGGUUUACCAGAAUUCUAAAAUGUGUUUCCGAUCGGGGAGGAUUACUUAACUGGGGCUUCAAUAAUGAUUAUCCCGCGGCAUGAUCCUGUAAUAUUUCAGAGGCGGCAGGAUUUUGGCCUUUUAUUGCACUCCUCUUCGGCCAUCUGCAAAAAAAACCGUGCUCGGCAAAAUUGACCACCUAAGUAGUAAGCAUUUUUUGUCAAUUUUCGACGUCCUUAUAGAUUCAAAUGUAUUCUAUAGAAAAUCUUCAUAAGAGCACUAUUUCAUGCAUUAAUUUGGUAAAAAAUCACGCCUUGAAUUUUUAUACUUGAAGAAAGUUUAUCUUUCGGUUUAAAAAGUUUGUGAUCGUGAGAUUGUGAAAUAUCCAUUAAAAGAGUAUCGUAUCUGUCCGUUUAAUAAUGCCCCUCAUUAUGUAGAAAACAUAGUCCACAUCCGAUUCAACAUUUCAUAUUUCUUAUAUGGCAUAAAGGCAACGAUAGGAGAUGAGGACCCUACUUAACUGUCGGUACAAUGUGGAUCGUGUCAUACGGAAAUGGUGGUAACGGAUCGGCCAGCACGCCAGACAGUAAGCUGACGAGAUACAAGAAAACAGAAAUUGUUUGCAUUUCCGCCGAAAGUCUAAUCGUAAGCUUUCAUAUGGCAACGAAAAUGAGCCGUCAAUUUAAGAAAAAUAAACAAAAAGCAAAUUUUCAGAGCUUUUUGCAGUCUGAGUAAUGGUUUGAGGUCAUGGGAAGUAAUUUUCAUGGGCAGUGUAAUGUCUGCAACGGCCUUCAAAUGGAUGCCAAAACAAAUCCGUAUAUGACACGAUCCACAGUCGCCCGACUGUUAAGUGAGGUCCUCCAACCUAUCUUUGUCCGGGCCGUCCAAACGGGCCACGUGAUAGAUGCGCUGGACCAACACGGGGGCCAUGUCGGAUUCUGGCAGGCAUUACCCGAAUGAGUGCUAUAACAAACGUCAACAUCUCAGGGUGAGAUGCAGUGACAGACCGGCGUUUGUCGCGCACUUUCGGACCCCUGCAGUCCUCCCUAUUGUUCUUGUUCGCUAAAAUCCUGGUCAUUUGCUAUGUGGGCCAGGGGGUGUGGAGUAGAACGCCAAGGUGCGGGCUCGAUCGUGCUAUCUACCUGCGCCCUCUCCCACCCCCCCCCCGUCUUCUUGACUCUAUCUUGACACGGGGCACAGGUGGGCGAGGAGGAGAGUGUGGUAGAUGCAACGUAAGUCUACUAUCACAAUGAACCAAUCCACGCGCAAGUCACCGUAGGUAGGACUGCGCAGGGCUCUGUACGCCGGCGCCAGAUCGGUAAAUCGUUUGACUGAGCUGUCAUCUGGGCCUGGAAUUCUAACUUUCGCCUCCAUUCGCAAAACAAUGUAUGUUUUUCCUUACCCGAAAAGUAUGCAACUCGUAGACUCAGAUCCCUUAACCCAACUGCAAUGGCAAAUCGAGACCCAAAUUAUUCGUGAACUGAAAAACCUUUUUAAAACCAAAAGAUACCUUUUCUUCGGAUAUUAAAUUUGAAGAAAACGUGAUUUUCUAUAAAGUAUGUGUAUUUGAAUUUAUGAAUGCAUCGAAACUCGGUAGAAAAAAUCCAUACUACCUUAGUAGUCACUUUUCACAGAGUGCGGAUUUUCCGGACGACAGAAAAAAAGUGCAUUCAAAAGCCAACUGCCUGGCUUGUCUGAAAUACCAAGGGGUCAACUUAAGCAAUCCGUCCUAAUCGAAAACUCAAUUUAAGAAUUUCAGUUAAGUGUGUGAGAUCUGUCGCUUACUGGCACCUAUUCCCGUGUAUUUAGUUUAACCUUAACGCUAGCCUUAACUGCAAACUCGACCCCGAUUCCAGUCUCUCCGGAAAUUAGCACAAAGCCGCCUGUCUUACGGGAGUUCCUGUUCUAGUGUACUUCCAAACAUUCAGAAGUCUUUUAUGAAGAACCGCCAGGGAUGCCUCAAUUUAUGCAAUAGGGCAUUCUUCGUAAACUGCGGCCUGCGGCAUUUUGUUAAUAUUUUUAUUCCAACACUGGUCUGGAAAUACACUGAUCCCGUUUUCCAGUAUUUCGUAACUUAAAGUUCGAACUGCACAGUAUCUGUCCUUAAAACGGUUAAAUCGAAAACGACUCGAUUUUCAACAUGGCACUUGGACACAAAUUUAAAUGUAUGCAGUUUUCCAGUGCUGUUUAGAAAGACCGACCAGUCUGCUGCAGUUGAACGAACAGAUUUCUGCACAUUUAGAAAACAGACAUUGUGCAAGAAUUGGUUUUCCCUGAACAUGGGGGUUCAAAGAGCCAGCAGCUUAAAAGAGUGAUUUCUGGAGGUGUUUUGACCCCAACAUCUAAAGAGUUGCUUUUUGCUGCCAGCACGCAGGACUUCAAGUGUCUUUUGUGCACAGGUGUUGCGUUCCCAUGCCAGCUUGCGCGUCCAAUGAGCGACUGGUGCCUUUUUGCCGUUCAAACUCUCUUUGGUUUCCAUUUUCCCGUCUUAAGGAGCAACCGUGCAGAACUUCAGGAAUUGGCCUGUUCACUUUCGCGUUUUCCUUCUCGACCUUUCUAGACGAAGAAUUUGGCUUUUGCCACCGAACAGUUGAGAGAAGAGAUUCGUCGAGCCUUCAAGUUAGACUCCUUUGACAAGAUGGCACACCGAGCACAAUUAAUCAACGAUCUUGGACUGGGGAAUGAUGUCUGA